GCAGAUCUGCAUGGAAUGUGGUAUCCUACUGUCAGAAGGACGCUAGUGUGUCUCUCCAAACUGUACAGAUGUAUAGACAGGGCAGUGUUUCAGGGAUUAUCGCAAGAGGCCUUAUCUGCCUGCAUCCACUCGCUGCUGGGAGCUGCUGAUUCUAUCAGCAAAAACAAGACCCAGGUUGAUGGACAGCUUUUCUUAAUAAAACACCUCUUGAUUCUUCGUGAACAAAUUGCUCCUUUCCACACUGAUUUCACCAUUAAGGAAAUUUCCCUGGACCUUAAGAAAACUAGAGAUGCAGCAUUUAAAAUCUUGAACCCUAAGACAGUUUCAAGAUUCUUUAGAUUAAACAGCAACAACGCCUUGAUACAGUUCUUACUGGAGGGUACUCCAGAAAUCAGAGAACAUUAUAUUGACUCUAAGAAAGAUGUAGAUCGUCAUCUGAAAUCGGCUUGUGAGCAGUUUAUUCAGCAGCAAACGAAACAGUUUAUAGAACAGCUGGAAGAGUUCAUGACAAAGGUAGCUGCUUUAAAAACAAUGGCCACUCAAGGAGGUCCCAAAUACAGCCUUUCGCAGCAACCAUGGGCACAACCAGCAAAGAGCUUGUAAAACCAUUAAAAUACCUAGCAAUAAAGAAAGAAGGCCUUGUCUG